CGACGAGCUGGUUUGCUACUUGCGUCAAUGGCUGUAUCAACACUGAACAUGACACCGUACUUUACAGGUUACUCUUUUCAAGGCCAGGGUCGUAUGAACCAACUGGGAGGGGUGUUCAUCAACGGGCGGCCCCUGCCGAACCACAUAAGACUGAAGAUCGUAGAGAUGGCGGCGGCGGGGGUGCGGCCCUGCGUCAUCUCGAGGCAACUGCGCGUCUCCCACGGUUGCGUCUCCAAGAUCCUCAAUCGGUACCAGGAAACUGGUUCCAUCCGCCCCGGUGUGAUCGGGGGUUCAAAGCCGAGAGUGGCGACGCCUGAAGUAGAAAACAGGAUUGAAGAACUCAAGAGACAAAACCCAGGUAUAUUCUCCUGGGAAAUUAGAGAUAAACUAAUAAAGGAAGGCAUCUGUGAUAAAAACACUGCCCCUUCAGUCAGUUCCAUAUCGAGGCUUAUAAGAGGCGGCAAAAGGGACGAAUCAGAUCCUAGAAGAAAUCACAGCAUUGACGGUAUUCUAGGUCCAUCAUCUUGUGAAGACUCAGAUACCGAAUCAGAGCCAGGAAUUACGUUGAAAAGGAAGCAACGGCGGUCUAGAACCACGUUCUCUGGCGAUCAACUGGAAACUUUAGAGAGGGCUUUCACUAGAACUCAGUAUCCUGAUGUGUACACAAGAGAAGAGUUAGCGCAGAAGACCAAGUUGACCGAAGCCAGAGUUCAGGUUUGGUUUUCUAACCGAAGAGCACGUCUCCGCAAACAACUUAAUUCACAACAAUUGAGUGCCUUCAACACAAUGUCUUUACAAUCUGCUUUCCCAUCCGUCCAUCAGCAAUACGAACCUCCUUCAACUUUUAACGCUCAGUGUGCGUCUUGGCAACAAUCUUAUUCAUCUGCAUUGGGUUCUAGUUCAGUACUGAACUCUGCUUUGGGUCCUUCCCUCCACCAGUCAGCUUUGACUGCGCCUUCAGUGUGUCAAUCAGCUCUUGCGGCGUCUUCUCUACAUCCCCCAACGUCAAGUUCGUUCUCAUCAGGAAAUUUAACACCUCUGUCCCAUUCUUCCGAGAUUGCUACUCCAUUACAAGCGUCCGCCGAUACCACCCCUCCAAGCACGAGUCCAACGGCUACAAGCCCUGGAGCAAACCAAAGUGCAAUCACUUAUCAGCAUCCUACUUACGACCCAAGUGAAUCUGUGCAUCCAUACGCAUACGGCGACUAUCCCAAACAAGAGGGAGUAAGUGCCAUGUCCGCGCACAACCACUGGACCUCAAGACAACUAAGCGGACAUCCCCAGCACAAAUUGGCUGAAGUCGGAGCAUGGCCGGAAAACUAUAGUUCAUUUUUUGGCGCAAACGCAUCGCACUACGCAUCGCAUUCGCCUACGGAAGCAAAAUCGGGAUAUCCCUACUUAGGCCAACUGGGAGGCAUGGACAUGGGUCGAGUGCAUUGAACGUAAUGCAAAAUUAUUGUUUGUGUCUAAUUCUGUUGCAAUAUAAAAUCACUUGUUUUAAAAGAUAGUGCAUAAACAUUUGUACGUAAAUAGUACCUACAACUAUUUACUAUUUUGCAAUUAUGUAAUUAAUAUGGGUGUUUUCAUGUACCUUCUAAUCAAAGGAACCAAAUUCAAAAUAAUUUAAUCAGCCUUAUAAUAUCGUUUAAUAAUAUUUGAAGAACAUAUCACGCCGUGCCUUCAUAAUUCAGAAUAUAUACAUAUUUCUACAAAAAUAACUUUUGUGUAACUUUAGAAAAACUCGUAAAAAUUGUUGUAAAUAAAUUCCUAAGUAAAUAAGUGCCUAGUGUUCUCGAAAGACUAAAUUAGUCCUUAUUUUAAUGUAUUAUAGAGCUUUAUUAGAGUGCAGUUUUAAUAUAAUAAAUUAAUUGUUCCUGAAGUUAAAUUGCACUUUUAACUGAUUGAUGUAGGCUUUUAUUUUAAGUGUAUUUUAUAAAACGUUGUUGAACUAGUGAAUACAUUUUUAAAGAGUGAAAAUUCAAUAUAUAAGUAUACUUAUUCAUGUUUAUUAUCUUUACUUUUAACGUAGACACUUCAACAUCAAAAGCUGCUGGAUAACUUUUAUAACCAAAUUAGAGAAAAUCAGAGCAGAUACAUCUCCUUUCGUCUGAUACAUUCAUAUUCGGCACAAUCUCAAGUUUAUUCUGCGCAUUUAAAUUCAAUUUAUCUUACCUGAGAGCGGUUACGGUUACGGAGAAAUAUAGCAGCGCGUCUUCAGUAGCGAUGUAGUCGCUAAUCUACUUUUACACACACGCGUGACGUAUACCCAAAUUAAAGAAAAUCAGAGCAUAUACAGACAUCUUCUUUUUUAUGAUAGAUUUUGUAUUCGCCCGCAAUCACAAGGUAAUUCUACAAAUUUAAAUUCAAUUUACCUUACCUUAGAGGGGUUCCACAUGGUGACUUAUUUUACUUCUACAGUGAUACAAACGCGAUGCAAACGCGAUAUACGUUUUUAAUGAAAUAACAUAAGCGACGGCAUCGGUACUGGCGUGUGUUUGCAUCGAUGCCAUCGCCUGUAAUCGCUACUGUCGCGUUGCAAUCACGCGUUUAUAUCGCUGCUAAAAAUCGCCGUGUGUAACCGCUCUUAGUUUUACCUUAAAACAUUUUUACUAUUAGCUGUAUCCGUGUGUGGCAAUGGCACAAAAAGAAGAAAAAGCUGUUUGUUUUUAGCCCUGGCCUUAAAUCUCUGCUUAUGUAUUCCGCGUUCAGUAGUGGGAUUUGACACGUCAAAAACUUUUGCGAGCGUGAGCUCGACGACUCACGGAAUUUUAUCGCAUUGGGAUGAAUAAUAAUCGAACGCGUUCAUUUUUAUAUAGUAUAUACAAAACUCUUUUAAUUAUUCAAGAAAAGUAUGAUCAGUGACUUUUGGUGUUGAUUGUACAGUUUUUAUAAUUCUGAAGAAAACUGUCGGUCCAUGAAUUUGCCUUCUAAGAAUUGUGAUUUAAAAUUAAAAUUGUAUUUAUUUUAUACUGGUAUUAUAACUUAGAAUAAUUGUAUAGUGUAAGCGAGCACCUACUUUGUAAAAUAACCGUAUGAAAAUAAAUGAAUU